AGAUAUUGGAGAUAUUGAAACCUAGUGGCGGAAACUUUGGAGCUUGCGCGUUGUUGGUAGUUUGCUUAUUCAUGUUUGACCCUUAUGCUGCUAAUGGAGGAACCGUUAUGGGAAUUGCUGGAAACGACUUCGCACUUAUAGCUUCUGACACCCGUCUAUGCGAUGGUUUUAUCAUCCUUUCUAGAAACUCCCCUCGACUGUUCAAAUUGGGCCCUGGUAAUAUUCUCGGGUGUGCUGGAUUUCAUGGAGACGUCUCAACACUAACUAAAUUGCUAGAAAACAAAGUGAAGACGUAUCGUUAUGACCAUGGAAAAGACAUAUCGACCAAGGCACUAGCUGGUCUUUUGUCUGUAACUCUCUAUAACAGAAGGUUCUUCCCAUUUUAUGUUAGCAAUGUACUCGUUGGUCUGGAUGAAGGCCAUGGUGUACUGUAUAGUUAUGAUCCUGUAGGAUCAUAUGAAUCUGAAGGCUACCGGGCCUCUGGAAGUUCUUCAGCGAUUUUGCAGCCAUUCCUGGAUUGUACGGUUGGAAAUAAGACCUCGAAAUAUCACGCAUCUCGCUUAGACAAGGGAACUGCAGUAAAACUUACUCAUGAUGUAUUUAUUAGCGCUGCAGAAAGAGACAUACAAUGUGGCGAUAAUGUAUUCAUCUACACAAUCACAAAAGAUGGACUUAGUGAAGUUUCUUAUCCGUUGAGACGCGAUUAAAAAACUUUCCUAUCGAUGUAUUUCAUAUUUUCAUUAUCGUUGGUAAAAUAUUUGUCCACUGAUUUUGUUGUUCACAUUGCAACAACCGAGUUUUAGGAGGUAGUCUCAUUUCAGCUUUCUUUCUGCUAUCAAGGUUUUAUUGGGGAUUGACCGAACGGACGUGAACUCGCGUUGGUUAUGGCCUUCAAACGUAAUCACAUUCUUGCUUAGUUAUUUUUGUAAACGUAAAAUCCAUCUAAAAAGAUCAUGGUGCUACCAUUACCACUAUAUACAAUCUUGUAAUAUUCCACACCUCAAGUUCCUGAUUUAAUUAUAGUCUAAAACAGUGAUAAUGAGUAUGCCGAAUAGUAAUUGGACGAAUACCCGGAAGUGUACGAAAUAAAUGCUGAGAUUAGAAAGCUUAAUUAUGUAUUAUUAAACUCGGG